AUGAACGCAGAUACACACGCACACAAAAGUGAUAUUUAUAGAAUAGACAUCUAUUCAUGUCUCUUUUUCAGUUCCAAAUAUCUCUUCCUUUCCAUAUGCGUGACAAUCUUUGAAACAAUUCAUCUCUCUAUUUCUUUCUCAAUUCCUCCCUCCCACUUUCUUUCUUUCUUUCUUUCUUUCUUUCUUUCUUUCUUUCUUUCUUUCUUUCUUUCUUUCUUAUUGUCUUUCUUUUUGCUUUCUUUUUUUCUUUAUAUUUUCCUUCCCCUUUCUUUUCGUCUCUCUUUUUCCUUCCAUCUCUUUCUCGAAUAUUUUUCUUUUUCUCUCACACUUUCUCUUUAUAUUUUCCUUUCUCUUUCUCUUUCUCAAUCUUCUCUCUCUCUCUCUCUCUCUCUAACUGUGUCUCUCUGUUUUCGUUUAUCUCUUUCUCUCACAUUCAUUUUUUUCUCACUUUUUCUCUUUGCCCUCUCUUUCACUCGACAUAUUUCUCUCUCGUUUUUUACUACCUUUCCCUUUCUUCCAUUCUCUCUUUUUAUCUCUCCAUCUGUUUCUUCCCCUCUCACUUUCUCUCUCUUUCUUCCAUGCAUUUUCUCUCACGUUUUCUUUCUCUUUCUUUUUUCUUCUUUCUACGACGCUCGCUUUUUAUGUCAUUCGCACACCCUCUCUCUCUCUCUCUCUCUCUCUCUCUCUCUCUCUCUCUCUCUCUCUCUCUCUCUCUUAUUCUUGCUUCUACUCUUAACCCAGUUGUCUAUUUUUGUUUCUCUCAUCCCCCGCAUCUCAUUUCUUCCCCCUCCUCUUCUCUCUCUUUCUGGGACCGAGUGCCUUAGUUCCGCUCUCUGUAUUUUCUCUCUCUUUCUUUCUCUGAAUCGCCGCUUCUCAUCUCUUUCUUUAACUCUGUUCUUCUUACCCUCUCUCUUCAUUUCCGCUCUUCGCUCCAUUUCUCACUUUCCCUCUUUCCUUUCUCCUUUUUAUCUCUCUUUCUCUCUCUCUUUAUCUUUUUCUUUCUCGAUCUCACUCUCUCUGCACUUCGACUCCUCGUCCCUUACUCUCUUUUCUCCCACUUUAUAUGUUUUCCUCACUGUCUCUUUCUACUUCUCCUUUCGACCUCGAUUCCUCACUCUUUCUUUCCACUUCCGUUACUCACUCCUUUUACUGUUUUCUCCACUUCCUGCAUCAAAUCCUUACUGUUUUAAUCUAUUUUCUCUCUCUCCCACUCCCACUCUCUACACUUUCGCUCCUAAUUUCUCUCACCCCAUCACUCUUUCUCUCUCUCUCUCUCUCUCUCUCUCUCUCUCUCUCUCUAUCUAUCUAUCUAUCUAUCUAUCUAUCUAUCUCAUCUCUCUCUCUCUCUCUCUCUCUAUCUAUCUAUCUAUCUAUCUAUCUUUCUUUCUUUCUUUGAAUUCCCAGUCCUCGUCCCUUUCUGUUUCUCGCUCUUUCUCUCUCUCCCCCCUCUCUCUUUUUCUGCUUUCCCGCCUCUCUUCAUUUCUUUCGCUUUUCUUCAUCUAUUCAUUCCCUCACUUUUAUUCAUUCAUCAGAGAACGAUAUUUUUUAUUUAUUGUACUCGUUUUCUUAGCUUUUUCCUUUUCUCAUUCUGCUCUUUUUUCCUUUCGUUGUUUGUCUUUCUUUCCUUUUAUUCUUUCUUUCUGUCUUUAUUUCUUUUGUUUUUUCUUCCUGUUUCUCGUUCUUCAUUUUUCCUUUUUGCCUUUCUUCUUCAAAUGUUUGUUCUUAUUUUUUCUUUUAUAUACUAUGCUUUUUUCUUUUUUUCAUUUUUUUUCUGUUCCUUUUGUCUUUACUUUACACCUUUCCUCCAUUCUUUCUUUCUUGUCUUUCCACUUUAAAUAUUCGCUCUAUGCUUCUUUCUAUAUUUUUCCUUUCUUUCUUUCUUUUCUUUCUUUCUUUCUUUCUUUCUUUCUUUUGAUUUCCGUUUUUCUUUCUUCCUCGCAGUUCUUUGUUCUUUCCUUCUUGCCUUUCCUCUUUAAAUUUUCGUUGUUUUUUUCUUUCUUUUUUGUUUUGUUUUUAUUUCUUUCUCCCCUUCUCUACUCUGUACUUCUCUUUCUUUCUUUCUUUCUUUCUUUCUUUUUUUCUUUCUUUCUUUCUUUCUUUCUUUCUUUCUUUUGGUUUCCGUUUUUCUUUCUUCCUCGCAGUUCUUCGUUCUUUCCUUCCUGCCUUUCCUCUUUAGAUUUUCGUUGUUUUUUUCUUUCUUUUUUGUUUUGUUUUUCCUCUCCUUCUGCAUUCUUUCCGUCUUACCUUUCGCUGUCUUUUUUCCUUUUUCUAAGCUAUGCUUCUUUCUUUCUUUUUUUACUUUCUUUCUUUUCAUUUCUGUUUUUCUUUCUUCCUCCCGUUCUUCGCCCUUUCCUUCUUGCUUUCCUCUUUAGAUUUCUGUUAUAUUCUUUGUUAGUUUGUUCAUUUCUUUCUUUCUUUCUUUCUUUCUUUCUUGCUAAUCCUUUUCCGUUUACUUUUUUCUUUUUGGUCAUUCUUCUUCUUCUUCUUCUUCUUCUUCUUUUUUUCUUCUUCCUCUUCUUCUUCUUCUUCUUUUUUCUGGCUGCUCCAAUCAGAAAGUUCGAUAUACUUUUGUAA